AGACUUCAGGAGAAGAAAUCCUGCUGCACUGAAGAGAGUAAAACAACAUUCUGAUGUUCUGUUGGAAAGAGGAUAGCCUGAAAACAAAAACUGACUUGGAAACAUGCAUUUACAAAUAUCCUUACUGCUGCUGUUUUGUCUGAACAUUGUCCAUGGCAGCGAUGGAUAUUUUUCUGAUCGAUACCAGAAACAAUCCAGCAUCAAGGGGCCACAUUUUCUACCAUUCAAUGUAAAGAGUCAAGGUGUGCAAAUAAGAGGUGAACAAGGACCACCUGGUCCCCCAGGCCCUAUUGGACCAAGAGGACAACCAGGUCCAGCAGGAAAACCAGGGUUUGGAAGUCCUGGUCCCCAAGGCCCUCCUGGUCCCCCAGGACCACCUGGAUUCUCUGCAGUUGGAAAGCCAGGCAUGCCAGGUCUACCAGGAAAGCCAGGAGAAAGAGGACUAACUGGUGAGAAAGGAGAAGCUGGACCUGUUGGGCUCCCAGGACCAAGAGGGCCACAGGGACCCCCUGGCACUCCUGGCCCUGUAGGACUGUCUGUUCCUGGCAAGCCGGGACCACAAGGACCUCCAGGAGCUCAAGGGCCAAGGGGCCUCCCUGGCGAGAAGGGAGAGCCAGGUAUCCAUGGUAUAAAUGGACAAAAGGGAGAAAAUGGAUACGGCAUUCCAGGCCGCCCGGGCAGCAGGGGUCUUCCAGGUCCGCAGGGUCCCCGGGGCCCCCCAGGUCCUGCUGGGGUUGGGAAGCCUGGUGAAAAUGGUCUUCCAGGUCAGCCAGGUAUGAAAGGUGACAGAGGUUUCCCAGGCAUGCCUGGAGCAGUUGGUCUUCCAGGUCCCCAGGGUCCCCCCGGAGAACCUGGGGAAGCUGGCAUUGGCAAACCUGGGCCAAUGGGACCACCAGGAGCAGCUGGCAUCCCUGGAGCAAAGGGACAACCUGGACCCGCUGGCUUGCCUGGAUCCCCAGGUCUUCCAGGAUUCGGAAAGCCAGGAUUACCAGGGAUGAAGGGACAUAGAGGGCCUGAAGGUCUUCCUGGCCUUCCAGGACCUAAAGGAGACCAAGGUCCAGCCGGCGUGCCAGGAGAACCAGGUCCCACUGGGCCACCAGGAAAUGUGGGUCCUCAAGGAGUAAAAGGCUUGCCUGGUGAGAAUGGCUUCCCUGGGCCCAAAGGCGAAAUGGGCCCUGCUGGACCCCCAGGAUUCCCAGGGGCCAAGGGGGAACGAGGUCUGCCAGGGUUAGAGGGGAAACCAGGAUACCCAGGAGAGCAGGGUCUUGCUGGUCCUAAGGGACACCCAGGUUUCCCAGGUCCGAAAGGUGACACUGGCCAUGCUGGGCUCCCUGGCUUGCCCGGUCCCAUGGGUCCACAAGGAGUUAAGGGGGUGCCGGGAAUCAAUGGUGAGCCAGGUCCCAGGGGACCUUCAGGAAUACCUGGGAUCAGAGGCCCCAUUGGCCCCCCUGGGAUGCCAGGAGCCCCUGGUGCGAAAGGUGAGCCGGGAGCUCCCGGACUGCCAGGCCCCGCAGGGAUCACCACCAAAGGCUUAAGUGGACCCAUGGGACCACCUGGACCUCCCGGGCCAAAGGGCAGCAGCGGAGAGCCUGGCUUGCCGGGCCCCCCAGGACCUCCUGGUCCCCCUGGACAAGCCAUAAUGCCCGAAAGCUAUGUGAAAGCAGGAGAGUCUCGGGAUCCAUCAGGAAUGUCUUUCAUGAAAGGAGUAAACCAAGCUCUUACAGGGAUGCCAGUGUCUGCUUUCAGUGUCAUCCUCUCAAAAGCUUACCCUGCGGCAACAGUCCCCAUAAAAUUUGAUAAAAUUUUGUACAAUAGGCAGCAACAUUAUGACCCCAGAACAGGAAUCUUCACCUGCAGGAUCCCUGGGCUGUACUAUUUCGCCUACCACGUACACGCAAAAGGAACAAAUGUUUGGGUUGGACUCUAUAAAAAUGGUACCCCGCUCAUGUACACCUAUGAUGAGUACACAAAAGGAUACCUUGACCAGGCUUCUGGCAGUGCUGUCAUUGAUCUCAUGGAGAAUGAUCAAGUAUGGCUCCAACUGCCCAAUUCAGAAUCUAAUGGUCUCUAUUCCUCUGACUACGUUCAUUCUUCAUUCUCAGGUUUCCUAUUUGCUCAUAUCUAACAACAUCCCACUUACACUGUCCUGUCCUGAUGCUCUCUCCCUCAAACCAUUUUAAUUGGCACUGAUCUGAUUUGUCAUUAGCAGGUCAUGCAACUUCAAUUUUGCUACAGAAAUG